UAGAGGGCGAAGUCAUCGUCAAGGACGCGUUUAAGGUACUUGGUUUCCAGGAAGUGACGUCAGGCGGCCGCGGCGAUGGACGAAGUGCUGGAUUUGCGCGAGGAGCGGCGCCGAGCCUCGGCCACCUCUGGCCCCAAGAUGGGUCGCCGAGCUCAACUGGAAUCUCCUCAGACUGACAAUAACUUCAAUGGCAAGAGUUCUUCAUUGACUUCGGCUGGAGAGGCUCCCCCUCCCAAACCUCCUCGCAGGCUGGGAGGCUGGAUGGAUGAUUCGAGGACCUCAAAGUUGGGAGGGAAGGCUUCUGAAGAGAUAGAAGAUCACCGCCUCAGACAGCAGAACCUGGAUGAAUCCGAUGAUGGAGAUAUCCCCAUCAUUCCCGACCUGGAAGAAGUACAGGAAGAAGAGUUUGUUUUGCAGGUGGCGUCCCCUCCCAGUGUCCAGGUAAACCGGGUGAUGACCUACCGUGACCUGGACAGUGACCUCAUGAAGUACUCAGCCUUUCAGACCUUGGACGGUGAAAUUGACCUGAGGCUCCUCACCAAAGUUCUGGCGCCAGAGCAUGAAGUGCGAGAGGAGGACGUCGGCUGGGAUUGGGACCAUCUGUACAUGGAAGUGUCCUCGGAGCUCCUCAACGAGUGGGAUCUGCUGCAGACAGAGAAGGAGGACCCCACUGGGCCACUCAGGCAGACCUAAACCCACAGCCUCCACUUUGGCUUGAACAAAUGCAGUAAGCCUGAAAACAACGAGGCAUGCAAGCACCUUAGGGUUUUUAUAUGGAAUAUUUUGUAAUAAACAUGCUUAUUUUCAGUAGACCCCAUUAGCUCUUUCAAAUGCAAUAAAUGACUUUAUUCAUCUCUUC